UCGCUCACACCAGUUUCCUCACAGCAACCCCUUCUUCAUCUUCUUCUUCUACUUCUUCUCCUUCCUCUUCUUCACAACCUGACUUGCUUGCUUCUAAUGGAUGGAUGGCGCAUGCUUGUCUGCGCCCCUCCCUCGACUGACUGACUCCAUAUCUUCUUCUUCUUAUUAGCCUUUGCUCACAGAGAAGGAGGAGGACUUGUGGGACACGCAGCUCAAGCAGUCCCAACACACGCUGAAUAUGCAUGCCAUGCGACGGAGGCGGUGAUGGACAUCGCGGUGAGAUCGUGGUGAGAUCGGAGUAGCGGGGGAAGGGAGGGGGGAGGGGGAGGAGGAGGAGGAGGAGGAAGCAAAGGAAAGGCAGAGAGAGUGAGACUCGGACUGUGGCCAAGCUGCCCUCUCUCUCCGACGGGGGACGACCUAUGGUCAUGGGAGCCUCGGGUUCCAAGCUGGAGAAGGCAUUGGGCGAUCAAUUUCCCGAGGGAGAGCGCUACUUUGGCCUCGAGAAUUUCGGCAACACUUGCUACUGCAAUAGCGUUCUGCAGGCUCUGUACUUCUGCGUCCCAUUCCGGGAUCAAUUGUUGGAGCAUUGCGGUCAGAGCAAACCCGUCGCUGAAGCAGAGGAGAAUCUGCUGACGUGCUUGUCCGAGCUGUUCUCACAGAUAAACUCGCAGAAGAAGAAGACUGGGGUGAUAGCCCCGAAGCGAUUCGUGCAAAGAGUGAAGAAGCAGAAUGAGCUGUUCCGGAGUUACAUGCAUCAGGAUGCCCAUGAGUUUCUGAACUUUCUGCUGAAUGAGCUGGUUGACAUCCUGGAGAGAGAGGCGAAAGCAGCGAAGUCGAAUUCAGGGUGUGAGACGUCACCGGGCAAGGUGGUGGGGAAUGGGUCAGUGAGCGGCCUGGCGAACGGAACGCACAAGGAAGCAGUGGUGACAUGGGUACACAAGAUAUUCCAGGGGAUACUGACAAACGAGACGAGAUGCUUGCGAUGCGAAACCAUCACUGCGCGAGAUGAGACAUUCUUGGAUCUGAGCCUGGACAUCGAGCAGAACAGCUCCAUAACGAGCUGCCUGCGGAAUUUCAGUUCUACGGAAACGCUGAACGCGGAGGACAAGUUCUUUUGCGACAAGUGUUGCAGUUUGCAGGAAGCGCAAAAGAGGAUGAAGAUAAAGUCGGCACCGCGGAUUCUAGCGCUGCACCUGAAGCGAUUCAAGUACAUCGAGCAGUUGGGGCGGUACAAGAAGUUGUCGUACCGGGUGGUGUUUCCGUUGGAGUUGAAGCUUUGCAACACGACGGACGAUGCACCUGGGUCGGAGGCAGAGUACUCGUUGUUUGCGGUGGUGGUGCACGUGGGGAGUGGACCGAAUCACGGGCACUACGUGAGUCUGGUGAAGAGCCACAACCACUGGCUGUUUUUCGACGACGAGAACGUGGAGAUCAUCGACGAGUCGAUCGUGCAGACAUUUUUUGGAUCGACGCAGGAGUAUUCGAACAACACGGACCACGGGUACAUUCUGUUUUACGAGAGCUUGGAGCAGAAGAGCUAAGGUUGGGAAGCGGAGAGGGUGAGGAAGGUAGGAAUGGUGGAGGAAUGGUUGCGAUGAGGUGAUGGCAUCCCCUCUCUUUUUUUCAGGAGGAUGCGUUAUGGUAGGUGGUGAUUAAGAGGAGUUGGACAUGAGUGUUGUUGAGAGAUGAAGAGUAUUUGCAAGGUAGGAACACGGCCAUAGUCAACUGUUUGAUUUGACCAAGUGCUAUGAUACCCAUCAGCUUGUGGGUUUGCACUUCCAAGCGCGAAAUUUCAUGAGAGUAGUUAAAUAUUGGCUGCUUUGCAUUAGCUUGGGAGUUGGGAAUGGAGCUUCCGAGAAUCCGACUCGCUGUGCUGUAUAGGUUGGAGUAAAUGGUGCCGAAAUGUCUGUAUGAGUGAUGUACCAGUACCUGCUUGGGUUCUUGCUGGGUUCGUUUUUUAUUUUCCUCGGAAUUUCAGAGUUGCGAACCAUUGCUUGUACAACGAUGGUUAUGAUGCAGGUAGAGCUCAGUUUCUUGCCUUUUGAAAA